AACUUGUCGAGAUAACAAUAACGAAUGCCACACCACGUGUUUAGUUUCAUUAUUGCUGUCACGAAGUAUGUUAUGGUUCAAUUUUUUAUGAAUCACCAAUUAAGCAACGUACGUGGGAGAUAAUUGCGCGUACGUUAUUUUUUAUUCGUCGAGUAAUUACACCAUAUGUCAACCAUGUUGGUCGUAGCUGUUUAUUCAGGGUACGCUAUCGAUGUAGUUAUCUGCUGUCAAAUUGCACCUCGAGUGCCUCACUGUACACGAAGGGCUACUGUGCUGCACAUAUGAGCGUGCUCGUACAGACACGUUUACACCGUUCUUAUGUGCAACUCCAUUUGGAUAACUCACCAAGUCGACUCUCAUUCCCAUGUUAAACAUACUCGUGUGUUACGUACUAAUUGCUAAGUGUAAUAAUCUAAGAAAAAACGAAUUUCUCCGAGAAAUUUGCUGUGGCAGAUAACGAUAAUUAUCGAGCAAGUCGACUUGCUUUGACAGAUAAUAUUAAUUAAUUUAAUUAUAAUUAAGUGUGUUUAUAUAUAAAUCAAUAUUAGAUUAGUGUUAAGUCGUUAAUAACACUACUCGACAUUCCAGCAUGUAUGAACAAUAAUUCUUAUACAAGCCUCAUUUAAAUAGGCUCUUAUAUAGUACAUCAAAUUGCGUGAUAAGUCUAAGCACACAAUUCUGAAAAAUAUUAAAUAUGCAAUGCGAGAACAGAUAUUAAUGGAAAUUUAAAAUUACAUAUGCACGCAUACAUAGAAUAAUCAUUACAAGAUAGUUGAUAUUUUUAAUUUCUGAACACGCGUGUAGCUUUUCGACUUAUAUAUCACUCUUAGGAAUAAAAGUUACCUGCAUAAAGAUUACAUUAAAUUAUAACAAUUGAUAAUGGUUCAUCAUGAAAGUGAGUUCAAUGUUCGGUGUUUUAUCACUCAUCGUUAUUCCGGUGUUAACUGAUAAGAGAAAUAUUAUCAAGACUUCCAAAGCGGAAUCCUGGAUCUCAACGGAAAAUUUUACGACAAUGGUCAAGAAAUCGUUUCUUUACUCUAAAUGUUGUAAUGUUUUUUUAAGUGAAUCGAUCUACGAUGUGGAAGUAUUAUUUAAUCAAUUUAUCAAUGUUUAUCCACAUGAAUAUCUUCUACAUAGAAUAAUCUAUGAUUGUCAAGGAUACUUUUUGCUGGGACCGACGGAUAAAGAAAUUGAAAAAGCUAUGCGAGUAGUACCUUCUUCCAUCUCAACGACAGAGAUUCUUGUUAUCAUCAAUGGCGAAUUGAAAAAUACUUCGAAACUUUUUAAUGUAUCUUUAUACGGAAAUUCCAAUGCAAAUAUUGUAUCGAGAUCUGGAAUUUGGACCUUAUCAGAAAACUAUUUGUCUCCCAGAUUUUUUCUAAAAGUAAAUAGUUACGAGGAUCUGAUGUCUGAAUUCAACACGGUUAAUAUGAGAGGUAGAGAACUGCGAGUAUGUACUUUUUAUCAGCCACCUUUUUCCUAUCUCAAGAAAACAACCAAGAAAAUAAUUAACGGCGUCGAAGAAGAGGUUUUUCUAGCAGAUAAUGAUAAAGAAAAGGAUGGAAUAGAAGUGAAAUUGUUUCUGGUCAUAGCGGAGAAAUUGAAUUUUACUUGGACAAUACAAAAGCUAGAUGGAAAUUACCGAUACGGUCGACGCAAUGGUACAGAAUGGAGUGGUGGUGUCAUUCAACUUAUACGAGAGAAAAGGGUUGAUCUAGCAUUCGGAAGUAUCUGGUUAACGCAGAGUCACAACGAGUUCGUGAAUAUGACUACACCAUGGAUUCAGAUGUUUAUACAUUUUUUGGUACCGCGACCACAACCGAUCACCAAUUUCUGGGCGCUCACGAGACCUUUCUCGGUGAAUUGUUGGAUACUUGUGAUAAUCAUGUUGUUUGUUGAGAGCAUAUAUAUGUAUACACGUGCUAGGAUCGAUCCAAAAUUUCCGAAACGUUUUCGAAGCAUUUUCUACACGAUUACGGAACUAAUCGGUCGUUUAGUGGGCACAUGGAUGCCCCAAAAUACCGCUAAUGCUAGAUUCGAGUUGCAUUUAUGGCAAACUACAGGAUUCCUGCUGAUAACCGCCUACUGCAGCAGUCUUGCAGCAAGACUCACGAGUUCAGAAUAUGAGGACAGGAUCGAUACGGUACGUCAAUUUCUCGAGGCUAACUUAUCGUGGGGUCAUAUGGGACCAGUUCCAUUUUGGCCCGAGUAUUUUGAUAUGGAAGAUCCUUACACGAGCCAAUUGUCUACAAAAUAUAUCCCCGUGUACGGUCAAGAGGCAUACGCACAUACAUUAAUCAAAAAGGGUAAAUUCGCAAUUUUUGGGAAAGUCAUAGACUCGAUAUUUUUUCCAGAGGAUGAAAUCUUCAAUGAGGAGAUUAAAGACUACAGACUCAUGAGAGAACAAGUGGGCAAUUAUUAUUCAUCCUUUGCGGUUCAAUCGUGGCUGUUGCGACCUGUUGACACGAUAACGCUAUGGUUGAAGGAAUCAGGCAUCGCUCACUUUCAUCUCAACGACGUUAUUCAUCGAAGAGCCAGUUUUAAUCUUCGGGAAGUCGUCGAGGAGUACGAUGGUCUUAAUGGAAACUUCAUAGCCCUUGGAUUGACACCGUUAGGCGCCGGAUUUACAACGCUCGUCGUUGGCCUUCUAGCGUCUACAAUGGUAUUUGUGUAUGAGUUGAAACGAGCCGCUGAUUCGCGACCGAUUCGCGAGGUGUUUCGAGAUAUUCAAAAGAAACGAGAAAUAUACAAGUUAUCGGCUUAUAAAAAAAGAUAUUGCAACGUAGCUGAAUUAAUGAAUCACACACAUACACACAAUUCAUCAAGUGAUGAUUUUAUUCGUAAUUAAGUCUGUUAGUCAUACAGCAAGGUCAACAGGAACUGAAUUUGCGCGAAAAUAAUGACAAGAUUUCUCAUAAUAAGUAGACACAUGUAAAAUAUUAUUUAUUUUUUUAUUUCGUAGGGUAUUCAA